UUCAGUUUCUUCUCAAUAUUCUUCUUUCUUCCUCCUUCUCCGCCGCAAAUUCCAUAAAUGCUCUUUUUUUCUUCUUUCUCUUUCACAUUAUUAUUCCCUUUUCAGCACAAUCUUUUAUUAAGCGAUUUUUUUUUUCUCAUUCUUGCAAAUUAUUUUUUCUCUUACAUCACCACCAUCUUCCUCUGUUUUUUUGUUCUAAUUCUAAGAUAAACCCUUCACAAACCCAAUUUCAUCAACAACAAAAAAACCCUAGAUGGGUUUCGGAGUUUCCUACGUUCUUCAACUUAUGGUGAUGUUUUCUCUGAUGUUUGUUUGUGCAUUGUCUCAAGAUGAUGUUGUGAUGAAAAAGCUGAAAACUACAAUAUCAAAAAAUAAUCUUGAUUGGUCAGACAAAGAUUUUUGCAAUUGGAAAGGAGUUCGGUGUAGUGGAACAAAGAGGGUCACUACAAUUGAACUUAGAAGUUCAACUGUUGAAGGUUCUUUACCACAAGAAUUGGUGCAACUCACUGAGUUAAAUUAUUUUCGUUGCAGUGGAAAUAGCUUAUCUGGAAAUUUCCCUUACAUGCCAAAUUCCCUUCAGAAGUUGUAUAUUGACAACAACAAAUUCACUUCCAUGCCAAAUGAUUUCUUCACCAACAUGAGUAAUUUGAUAGAGGUAGCAAUUGAUUAUAACCCUUUUUCUCAAUGGCAAAUUCCUUUUAGUCUUAAGAAUUGUUUAGCUCUUCAGACAUUUUCUGCUGUAAAUGUUAGUUUUGUUGGUGUAAUUCCUGAAUUCUUUGGUGAAGAAACUUUUCCAAGUUUAACUACUUUGAAGUUGUCUUUUAAUUCUCUUGAAGGUAAUUUGCCUAAUAGUUUAUCUGGUAGUUCUAUACAGACCCUUUGGGUGAAUGGUCAAAAGAGUAAUAAUAAACUCAAUGGUACACUUUCUAUUUUACAAAAUAUGACUUCAUUGCAACAAAUUUGGGUUCAUGGCAAUUCGUUUACCGGUCCUAUACCUGAUUUUUCAAAUCUUGAUCAAUUGUAUGAUGUUAGUUUGAGGGAUAAUCAAUUAACCGGUGUUGUUCCAUCGUCUUUAUCUUCCCUUCAGAGUUUGAAAAUUGUGAAUUUGACAAACAAUGAUCUUCAAGGUUCACCUCCUAAGUUUCAAGACAGUGUUCAGGUUGAUAUAGAUAUAGAUAAAGGGAGGCAUAGCUUUUGCACUGAGGUUGUUGGCCAACCAUGUAGUCAACUUGUUAAUGUUUUACUUUCUGUUGUUGAACCUUUUGGUUAUCCUCUUAAAAUUGCUCAAAGUUGGAAAGGUAAUGACCCUUGUCAUGGUCCUAAUUGGUUAGGGAUUGUUUGUUCUUCAGGUGGUAACAUUAUCAUUAUCGACUUUGAAAACAAGGGUUUUUCUGGCAGUAUAUCUCCUAGUUUUGCAAGUCUUAGUUCUGUGACGAAGUUACGUCUUGCUAACAAUAAUCUCACCGGUACUAUACCUAAGCAACUUGCUAGUAUGCCGGUUUUGCAAUUGCUAGAUGUUUCCAAUAAUUCGUUGUAUGGUCAGAUACCUUCGUUUCGUGCAGGUGUGGUUGUUAACACCAAUGGGAAUCCUGAUAUCGGAAAGGAUAAACCUCACGGGUCGCCCGACUCUAGUUCUGGAGGGGAAGAUAAGAAGAAACUUGGUGUUGGAGCUAUUGUUGGUAUUGUAAUAGGCAUUGUUGGCUUACUUGGUGUGGGGGCUUUUGUAUUUGUUAUUUAUGGUAAAAGACAUAAUAAGCGCGACAACAAAGUUCACACUCCAAAUGCAAUAGUGGUACAUCCUCGUAAUUCUGGAGAUGGAAAUGCUGUGAAGAUAAGUGUUGCAGCAUCUGAAAGUGUCGGUGCCAGCGUUGCAGGAGGAACCGGUGGAUUUAGUCUAUCGAGUAGUGUUCAAAAUGUGGAAGCUGGUAAUAUGGUGAUUUCAAUUCAAGUUUUGAGAGAAGUUACAAACAAUUUUUGCGAUGAAAACAUAUUGGGGAAGGGAGGUUUCGGAACUGUAUACAAAGGAGAAUUGGACGAUGGAACAAAGAUUGCGGUUAAAAGGAUGCAAUCUGAAAUGGUUGGUGACAAAGGGUUGGAUGAGUUCAAAUCUGAAAUUGCGGUGCUUACUAAAGUUCGACACAGGCAUUUGGUUGCACUCCACGGCUAUUGCUUGGAGGACAAUGAGAAACUUCUUGUGUAUGAAUACAUGCCUCAGGGGACACUUAGUCAACAUCUGUUUGACUGGAAAGAUGACGGGUCAAAACCGCUUGAAUGGAAGAGAAGGCUCUCCAUUGCCUUGGAUGUUGCUAGAGGUGUUGAAUAUCUUCAUGGUUUGGCACAUCAAAUUUUCAUCCACAGGGAUCUGAAACCAUCAAAUAUCUUGCUUGGGGAUGAUAUGCGCGCUAAAGUAUCCGACUUUGGAUUGGUUCGACUUGCUCCAGAAGGACAAGUCUCAUUCCAGACUAGACUUGCCGGAACUUUUGGAUAUCUAGCACCAGAGUAUGCAGUAACUGGACGAGUCACCACAAAGGUUGACAUAUACAGCUACGGCGUGAUUCUUAUGGAGAUGAUAACCGGAAGAAGAGCAAUUGAGAACAGCCAACCAGAGGAGAACAUCCACCUUGUUGCAUGGUUUCGCAGGAUGCUAUUGAACAAAGACUCGUUCGAUAAGGUCAUUGAUCCAGCACUGAAUAUCAACGAGGAAGGCUUGAAGAGUUUCUGGACUAUUGCAGAAUUGGCCAGCCAAUGUUGUGCAAGAGAGCCUCAUCAUCGCCCCAACAUGGGACACAUAGUGAACGUGCUAGCACCUCUUGUCGAGAUUUGGAAGCCGGCUGAACCUGAUGCCGACGACAUGUAUGGGAUUGACUUUGAUAUGAGUUUGCCUCAAGCACUAAGUAAGUGGCAGAAUCUUGAAGGAAUGAGCAACACACUCGAUGUUUCAUAUUCUUCAUCGAUGGUUGAUAGUUGUGAGAAUACACAGUCAAGUAUACCGCCUCGGUCUCCUGGAUUUGCUAAUUCCUUCACAUCUACUGAUGCACGAUGAUGAUCAAUACAUACCCUUAUAUUUUAGUAUUUUUGUGGAAAAAUGUUUAGGUGAGUUUUGGGUAUCAGAACUAAGGGCCAGCCAAGGUAUGCCUCGACUCAAGACUCAAAGAGCGCUACAGAGAUUGUCCUUAACCUUCAUUGGCAAUACCCAUUAUAUUUAUUUGUUAUAUCUUCGUCGAUUGUAAUUAUAUUUAUAUCAACUAAAUAAAAUGUAAACAAUGUCUUGUAAGUGUAACUUAAUUGGUAGUAUCAGGAUAUUAUUGAGGGGUGGGUUCCAUAUUUUCUACUUGAGUCUUGUUAUUAGAUUAUUUGCCAAAAAAAUGUAAACAAAAUAGUGACAAUUGUUCUGUUUUAUUUUUCUCUGUAUUAAGCGUUGCUUAUAUUUUUCUCAAGUAUGAAAUUUAGUCAAUUUUGCCACAUAUUGAGAGAAAA